AUGGAUUCACUGCCGUUUCGCGCGCCCAACCAGCUGGUCGGUGGACUGGAGUCCAAGGGCGCAAAACAUCCGAAAUUCAAAAUAACCGUCGUCAGUACACCGAGCCCGUCGCCGACAUCACCCCCACCUACACCGCCGCCAUUGUCGCUAUCGCUGCCUUUGACUACGCAUAUCAACGCCAACGCCAUCAAUAAUUCAACGUUGUUGCACAACAACAAUAACAAUAUGGUAGAGACUACCACUCCGCCCAGUGGCAUAGCUGUAAAACGCUAUGCCGUCGGCAUGGUUGGCGCGGGGAGCCCGCUCACUGAACAUCAGCUACAGCAUCAUCAUCACCAGCAGCAACAACAACAACAGCAGCAUCAGUUGCAACAACAGCUGCAGCAACAACAAUCCAGCCUACAACAUGUGCACCAAAGCCGCCAAAGUUCGCGAUCGCCGCCCACGAGUACGCCGAACGCUGCCUAUUUGACGACGGCUAUGCUUUUGAAUUCACAACAGUGCGGCUACUUGGGACAACGACUGCAAUCAGUUUUGCAACAACAGCAACAGAAACAUCAGCUACAGCAACACCAACACCACCAGCAGCACCCGCAACAGCAGCCACAAUCACAGACACCCUCCUCCGACGAUGGAUCGCAGUCGGGCGCCACAAUAAUUGACGAUGAACGUCCCCCACGACCUACGGCUGGUACAGCGACUGCCGCGGCGGCAGCAGCUUCGCUUUUUACAAUUGACAGUAUUUUGGGUGGCUCGAGGUCUGCAGUUAAUAGUAGCAAUGCCAAUAACAACAACAAUAGCAGCAGUAAUCAUAUAAUUAUUAGUAACACAAAACGCGCAGAUUCACCCGCCUCACCCAGUUCCAACUCCAGCUCGGCGGCAACCAGUCCUAUACGGCCGCAACGAGUUCCUGCCAUGCUGCAGCAUCCCGGCUUGCAUUUGGGACACUUGGCGGCAGCAGCAGCGACCGGGUUCGCCGCCUCACCGUCCGAUUUCUUAGUUGCUUACCCGAACUUCUAUCCAAAUUACAUGCAUGCCGCCGCGGUGGCUCAUGUGGCUGCGGCGCAAAUGCAGGCGCAUGUUAGCGGUCAUGGCGCGGCAGCGGCCGCAUUGGCCGCUCACACGCAUCCUCACCAUGCGCAUCAUUUGCAUCAUCCACAUCACCCGCACCAUCAUGUGGCGCAUCACUUGGGGCAUGGCCCGCCACCGAAACGAAAGCGCCGGCAUCGCACAAUUUUCACUGAGGAGCAGUUGGAGCAGCUGGAGGCCACUUUCGACAAGACACACUAUCCCGAUGUGGUGCUGCGCGAACAGUUGGCGCUGAAAGUGGAUCUGAAGGAGGAGCGCGUGGAGGUUUGGUUUAAGAAUCGACGCGCAAAAUGGCGUAAACAGAAGCGUGAGGAACAAGAGCGCCUGCGUAAGUUGCAAGAGGAACAAUGCGGUGGCGCUGGCAACACAGCGACAGGGGUAACUGGCGCCUCCGGCAUGGGGCCUGUUAAUGGUACCGGCGCUGUAAUGGCCGCUGUGGCGAAUCUGAAGUGUGCCGCCGAGGACUACGCCAGUCAACUAAGCCAUCACAUCAAAACCGAUCCAAAUAGUUAUAACAGCGACGCGGAUGAGUCGUCCGACUUGGAGGUGGCAUAAAAGAAUGCUUUCCAUUCGUUUGUA